AUGACAACACUAAAGGUGUCCAAGGAUCUGAACAAGACUACUCUAGAGGAACUUAUAACUUCUUUGAGAAGUCAUCAGAUCAAGAUGGAGGAAGAUGAGACUCCGAAAAAGAUCAAACACGAGGAUUUGAAAAGAAUCUAUGUAGCUGUCUCUAAAGCCCUUAGUGAGUUGAAGAAAUAUAAUCCUAAUCAGAAAGAGAAGCUUUCUAUUAUUGAAAAAGAUAUCUCUACUCUAAAAAGAAUUGAUCCUGAAAAGUCAAAGAUAGAUGAAAAGCUUGCAAAUAUGAAGAUCACAUACUCAAAAUCUCAGGGUGUUCAACUUGAAACAAAACAUUCAGUACCAGAAGCUAUUGAAAUAUCAAAAUAUGUUGACACACCAAUACCUCAAAAGAAGCACAGGCAAAGAACCUCUCACUUUGAAGAACUUAUUCUUGGUGACAAGUCAGAACCUAUCAGGACAAGAUCUUCAUUCAGAUUUCAAUUAGAUCCUAGAGAAUCUCAUUUAACUGUUGUUAAGAUAAUCUUUAGAUAUUUGAGAGGUAUUACUAACAUUGGUUUUUUUUAUAAGAAAUCAAAAGAUUACAACUUAGUAGGUUUUUGUGAUGCUGAUUAUGCUGGAGACAGACUUGAAAGAAAAAGAACCAGUGGAAGUUGUCAGUUUCUAGGUGAAAAUAUAAUCUCAUGGUCCAACAAGAGACAAUCAACUAUUUCAUUAUCAACAGCAGAAGUUGAAUACAUUACAGCUUCUGGAUGUAUCCCUCAGAUCCUCUGA